UCGUCAUCUUAGCAGCAAGCCCGUCUAUUUGACUCAAAUAUGGAAUUGUGUGAAAUAUUGUACAACAAGGCAGAAUACAUUGAGACGGCCUCUGGGAAUAAGGUUAGCAGGCAGUCGGUUCUCUGUGGAAGUCAGAACAUAGUGCUGAAUGGAAAAACUAUAGUGAUGAACGACUGUAUUAUCAGAGGAGAUCUUGCCAAUGUCAGAGUUGGAAGGCAUUGUGUCAUCAAAAGCAGAAGUGUGAUUCGCCCGCCGUUUAAAAAGUUUAGCAAAGGUGUGGCUUUCUUCCCAUUGCACAUUGGAGAUCACGUGUUUAUAGAGGAGGACUGUGUGGUUAAUGCAGCACAGAUUGGGUCUUACGUCCAUAUUGGCAAGAACUGUGUCAUUGGUCGUCGCUGUGUUUUGAAGGAUUGCUGCAAAAUUCUGGAUAAUACCGUGCUCCCGCCGGAGACGGUCGUCCCCCCCUUCACGGUUUUCUCCGGUUGUCCCGGUCUGUUUUCAGGAGAACUCCCAGAAUGCACACAGGAACUUAUGAUUGAUGUUACCAAGAGUUACUACCAGAAGUUUCUCCCCCUGAGUCAGAUCUAGCUCCGCCCCUCGUCCUUUUCCGCUCGUGGACCAAACCGGAGCAUAGAACUGUUUCCCCAUCACUCACAGUGGGGCUGUUUGUUCCUGCUUCUCUUUAAAAUGGACAAAAAAAAAACGUUCCAGUUGUCUUUCCCCCUGUCAUGGGAGGAACUGCUUGUCUCUAUUGAUCAACUCAAGUUAUGACUACAGCUGGAGGUACUGAAAAAAGAGUGUCCCUCUCAACAUCUGUGGAGCACUGGGAAAACAAACAAACAAACAAAAAAAACGGCCAUCAUUUGCUUCACUUUCACCCGUGGCACUGUCUUCAUCUGUCCCCAAACUCUGUAUCUUUAGUAAGACAGUUCGAGUCCUUUGUGUCAGCCGGUGCCUUCCCAUCCUGAGGCACUGCCUGCAUCUCUGGAUGACUGUCACAAGACAGGAAUCACAGUUACCCAGGGUCAUCAGAAGCCUCACCAGCAUCAGCUGCUUUUAUUAUUGACAGCACAUAUUUAUUGCCGUGUUUUGCUGUUCCACACUUGCAACACUAAAUUAAUUGUGAGUAAAAACGUGUACCAGUUCAGUUGCACGUAAAUGUAUUUGCAGAAGCGAGUUGAGUGUUGUAGCGAAUGUGCUCUCCGCCCGCUGUGUUUGUAGCCGUGCUCCACAUGUCAGAGAAACACAGGAGCAGGUUAAGGAAGGGACGGUUUCGUCUCUGACUGAAGAGUUGAUCAGAAUGUUAAUGCUUUCCCUGUCACAAAUAAAGCCAGGUGACUCAGUC